CGUUGGUGUGUCCCUAGCUAACUCUCUCCGGAGACAUGGACACCACAAUGAUUCAGCUCAGGUUGUUUGUCCAUCAAAGGCUGUACACAGCGGCAGAAGAGAUCCUCGGAGAGGUGGAGAAAACUAUAACGUUAGCUUUGCACGAAGCCGAAGUCAGUCAAUCUGAAGGGCUCAGAAGUCUGCGACAUCAGCUAACGUUAGACCUCUUGCGAAAACAAUCAGCUGCGGCGCCUUCACUGACCAUCAGCCCAGUGGUACGGGGAGAUGAAUGUGAUGCCCCACUGCUGCAGGAGAACACUGGUCCCUCAACACCAGAAGAGUCCAACUUCAGUCUUGGUGCUGAGGUGCCCGGACCCUCUCAAAUCAGUGCAGAUCUGGACAAUAAUAACUGGAACUACUGCUUGGUUCAGACAGACUUCAAGAUGUUAGAGAUAAAAGAAGAACAGGAGGAACUUGGGGAUGACAGUCAAACACAAGAGAUGGUUUUUCCUUCUCCGGAAAUUGUGAAAAGCGAGCAAGAUCAGCCAGAGACAGAACUAUCAUAUGAAUUGCAGCCAGUUUCUUCAGACUGCUCUGCAGCUCAGAGUGAGAACAGUGACCGUGAUGAGGAGUUGGUUACCAGCAAAGAACAGAAGAAAACAGUAAAAAGGAAAGGAAAGAUGUUGCAAAAGCGAAGUGGCAACAUGAAUGAGAAGGCAGCAUUGCCUCAUGACAAAAGUUCUGCUAAAAGUGAAAAAGAACACAGUUUUUGCCAUUUUUGUGGCAAGGGAUUUCAGUACAUUGGCUCUUUGAUGAAGCACAUAAAAACGCAUCAGAACAAUUUUGAUUGCACGGUUUGUGGGAUGACAUGCCAGUCAACAGAGCCGCUGAUAGCCCAUUUGAAAAGUUGUCACAAUAAAAAAUGGGUUUGCGAUGUUUGUUGCAAGCAUUUUUCCAAAAUUGGUUUUCUCCGGGUGCAUCAAAGAAGAAUGAAACACAAAGCUGCAGAGCCUUCACUGACCAUCAGCCCAGUGGUACGUGGAGAAGAAUGUGAUGCCCCACUGCUGCAGGAGAACACUGGUCCCUCAACACCAGAAAAGUCCAACUUCAGUUUGGGUGCUGAGGUGCCGUAUAGAAUUUAA